AUGCGACUCUUUAUGGCAGCACUGUUCGGGCUGCGGGCUGCAGGCGCGGUGCGCUUUGUAGCGGAACUAGGGGACACAGCGAGCGUGGAGGAGGUGCUCGGCGAGCAAUACGCAGCGACGGUCGCCGGCGGAGGUGUGGGCGCGAUUACGCUUGGGAACUCGUUCCGUGCCAUCUACGGUGAGUUUCCACAGCAGCUACUCGAGGACUUCUACCGCAGCGGGCAGAUCGUGGCGAUGUCGAUGGACCGCCCGCUCGGCGUGGCGGAAUACAUGGUGCAGCAACAUGCGCCCAACCACUUGGCCCGGCUGUCGCAGAAGUCGUCGCUCCGCGGAGGCAACGGCAGCGACAACGGCGCGUACAUCUACCACUCUAACGCGGGUAACGGAGUCGAUGUGUAUCUAUUGGACACUGGAAUCGACGGAACGCACCCGGCGUUUGAGGGCCGCGUUCAGAAGGCGGCCGACUUCAGCUCCGACCCGGUUGCGACUGGGGAUCCCCACGGCCACGGAACAGCGGUCGCAGGCGUGAUUGGGUCCUCUGUGUUCGGGGUCGCCAAGAAGUGCAAUCUUUUUGACGUCCGCGUUGCAAACUCCACGGGACACGCAAGCCUUAUCGGCGUGCUCCGCGCUUUGGAGCACGCUUCAAAGCUCGCAGCUGUGACAAAGAGGCCUUCUCUAAUUACAAUCCCCUUGGAAAUGCCCAGAAACACGAUUUUGAACUCGGCGGUGGAGGCAGUGGUGAGGGACCUGUCAAUCCCCGUGGUCGUUGCUGCUGGAAAUGAGAACCGUUCCGCUUGCAGUGUAAGCCCCGCGGGCGCAUACGGAGCCUUGACAAUCGGCUCGAUUGACGUUGCUAGAAAUGACGCGCUUGCUCCGUUCACGAACUUCGCAGAGUGUGUUGACCUUUUUACCGCAGGCGUCGACGUCGCUACGCUGGGACUGGAUCAUUCCUCAGAGCACCAUUUAAGUGGCACUUCUAUCAGUGCAGGAGUAGCUUCUGGCCUCGUUGCCUACUAUAUGAGCAUAGGCCACUACGGAAUGGAUGCGGUCAACAAAAUCAAGCUGCUCAGCUUGCCGAAUGUUAUUCCUAACUUGCAGCAGAGAUCCCCCGAAACCAGAAACGCGAUCCUUCAAAACUUGUAG